AUGAAGUUCGUGCCGGCAGGCGUCGUGCCCUUCGUGGCCCUGCUGCUGCUGCAGAGGCGGCCGGUGGCCGGCCGGGCGCUGCUGGUGACCGGCUCCGGCUGUCCCGGCCACGGCUUGUGCCGCUCCAACGUCCAGGAGCAGACCCGCAGGCAGGUGGCCGUGCUCAACGCCACUGCCCAGGAACUCUUCAGCCUCUAUCUGAAGUGCCAGGGAGAACCRUUCAGCAGCGAGACCGACAAGCUCUGCAACCCCGCCGGGAUCUUCUUCCCCGCGUUCCGCGUCAACCGGACGAGCGAGAGGAAGGAGGUGAUGGUGGCCAUGUACAAGCUCUUCGCCUUCCUCAACGCCUCGCUGGGGAACAUCACGCGCGACCAGGAGGAGCUCAACCCCAUGGCCAAGGAGCUCCUCGAGCGGCUCCACAACACCACCAAGACCACCCGAGGCCUCAUCUCCAACCUCACCUGCCUCCUCUGCAAGAACUACAACAUCUUCCAGGUGGACGUCAGGUACGGGGACAGCUCCAAGGGCAAGAGUGCCUUCAAGAAGAAGCAGCAGGGCUGCCAGGUGCUCAGGAAGUACGUGCAGGUGAUCGGCCAGGCGGCACGUGUGCUCCUACCUCAUCUCAGCCCCUCAUGARCACCUGCCCCAGCUACUCUGCCUCCCCAAUUCCCGCCUUCCUAUUUAUUACCCGGAYCCUGCGCUGGCCCCGUCUGGCCUCCGGUAACUUAUUGCCCCUUGAAGGGGUGAAGGUUGCAGCCUGGAGUCCUGGCAGGAGCAGAGCCAGCAUCCAGCGGGACAAGGCAGUGCGUCGCUGAGGAGAUGCUGGGGCGUGGGCUGGUCCCGGGAUGUGCCUCAGCCAUCCCUGUGCUCCCAGAGGGUGUGGAGAGCUGUGGGGCUGGCGGCAGGGCCGGACUCUGUCCCACAUGGAUGUUGUCCAGCAUGGAGAGAAACUGGACAGACACCCUYGAGCAGCGCCUGGAAGCUGCCACUGCUCUGGAAAAAGGACUGCGAGGAAGGACAUUGGGAUGCAGUGGCUGCCAGGGACACGGGGACACGGGGACACACUCCCCCUGCACAUUUUAAGGCUGGGCUCCCCUGGAAGGAGCCGAACUGAGGGUCCCAGUGGCUGUGGUGGCUGGGGCCAGGUCCCACCGUCUGGGACAAGGCCACCCGUGGGGGACAGAGCGGGCGGUCCCCCCACUGUGGAGCAUCACCCCCCGCGCGGGCACGGCGGGGCAUGGAGUGUCCUCUCCUUUGGAAAAAUGCUUUUCCCAUUGGAAGAGCUCUGAAUGUACUGACGGCCAAGCUGGGCUUUGCACAGCUGGA